GCGGGGUAUUUAUAAACGGGACUUGACGACGUACGGCGGCGUAACGUAUGUCGCGGAAAGUGGGACACGCUAUCCGCGCUAGAAGUGAACAUUCUCGACCGGGAAGAAACGAGCCGAUGCAUCGCGUCGGUCGUCGCAGUCGUCUGUACCGGCGAACUUGUAGACGCGCUUCUCCGCGGCCGUGUCGUAUGACAUAUUGCAGCAAGCCGGCCGAACUGGCGAUACGCUCGUUGUGCGAGUGAACUUUGCUAGGAAAAAUCGUAUGUGUUACGCGAAUGACACCGUCGCUGUCGCCGCUGCCGCGUCGCGAGUUGCAGUUCAAAUGUCUUCGAAACAACGGAAAGCACGUACCCGAUUCAAGAUAACAGCUCCUCUUCGGACAUUAUUUCUCUGUGGUAAAAUAGACCAGAUAUGGAGGAGUGGCUGAACACAUUAAAAACAGCGGCAGAAACUCAUCCCCAGGGUGAUCCUGAAACUGUCGAGUUGCCACGAGGUAAUCAUCAGUGGUAUGCACACAGUCAUGCCAGACCUACAUACUGCAAUGUCUGCAGAGACACUCUGCAUGGUGUCACUUCUCAUGGUUUAAGCUGUGAAGUCUGUAAAUGUAAAGUGCACAAAAGAUGCAGCGCAAAAGCAAUAAAUAAUUGCAAGUGGACCACUUUAGCAUCCGUUGGAAAAGACAUAAUUGAAGACCAAGAUGGGAACAUUACAAUGCCACAUCAAUGGAUGGAGGGAAAUCUGCCAGUGUCUUCAAAAUGUUUUGUCUGUGAAAAGACAUGUGGCUCUGUGCUUAGGCUGCAGGAUUGGCGGUGUUUAUGGUGUAAAGCAACUGUACACACAGCGUGCAGACCUGCCAUAAGUAUUAGGUGUCCAUUAGGACCAGCUAAACUCAGUGUAGUGCCUCCUACGGCCUUACAUAGUAUAGGUACCGACGAAGCGUGGGAAGUUGUUAGACCUAUAGGAUGCAGUCCACUUUUAGUAUAUGUAAAUAGUAAAUCUGGUGACAAUCAAGGUAUUAAGUUUCUUAGGAGAUUUAAGCAAUUAUUGAAUCCUGCACAAGUUUUCGAUCUUAUAAAAGGGGGACCAAGUCCAGGAUUAAGGCUGUUCCGCCACUUUGAUCCGUUUCGGAUUCUAGUGUGCAGCGGAGAUGGAUCUGUAGGAUGGGUACUUUCGGAAAUCGACCGGCUUGGAAUGAACAAACAGUGCCAAGUUGGAGUACUGCCUUUAGGGACAGGGAAUGACUUAGCACGCGUGUUAGGUUGGGGAGCGUCGUGUGACGACGAUACGCAUUUACCUCAGUUGCUAGAAAAGUAUGAAAAAGCAAGCACUAAAAUGCUGGAUCGAUGGAGCAUUAUGACGUUCGAACGCAGCAUAUCUCUGCCAUGUCAUAAAGUGAUUCUGCAUCAGUCCGAUCUGGUGAUAAAAUCGAGCGUAGCUCAUCAAUACGAAGACAGCGUUCUUGCUCAUAUAACGAACAUUUUACAAUCCGAUCAAGAGUGCGUGAUUAUAUCUACUGCCAAAGCUUUAUGUGAAACAGUAAAAGAUUUUGCUACGCAUAUACUGAAAGCCAGUUUAAACACAGGGGACCAACAUCUGCGGGAAAAAUGCGAAGUACUUCAGCAAAAACUUGACCUAUUAUUGCAGACAUUGUCGAAAGAGGAGAGCUAUUUAUCUGAUAACGCGGAAGAAACUGACAUUACCACUCUAAAAACCGAGAUUGCGACCGACAACCAAGAGAAAGAGGCUUUAGAAAAGUCAAAGAAAGAAAUGGCAAAUGUAAAGAAAGCCGGAAAUAAAUGUUACAUGGAGAAAGAUGCUGUGAUGUCUAGAGCAAAUAGCUUGAAAAGAGCUAUCAGGGGAUUAGUGGAACACGUGGAAUCGGCUAUCGACGAACAGAACAAUCCUUUAGACGAGAAACAAGAUAGUAGGAUGCCAAACAUCACCAUAACAUCGGAUAAUUCUCCGAUAAAUACUGCAUCAAACAAAAAACAGCAUUUGAUUAUCUCUAGCUUAUUGCAAGUGCACGAAGCCGACAACAUGAGUUUAAUGCCAAUUGAAUCCGCCAGCAGUUUGGAGACCUCGCCUUGCCCAAGUCCUACGCCUAACGUGGCAUCUUUGAGCCCGAUGCCGGAUUUAAGAAGGGACUCGCAGCCCGAAGAGUUACUCACGCUUCCCGCGCCCGACGGAUUCGCCGAUAGUAGGCGAAACAGCGAAAACAUCCCGCAAGGAACUUUCAGUUUCGACGCACCCGCCGUUCAAACUAACGACGGCCAGCAAGAAGCGCAGACAACAAGUAACGACAAUCUGCAGUCGUCCGAACCCACACAGAUCGAAGGUUCCUCUGACAUUCCAAUAACCGUGACGAAGACUACUUUAGACACAAGUACACCAUCAGACGACGCGACCAUGCAAGACAUUCUCGUUUCUCCUGACACAGAUUCGCUCCAUUCUAGAAAUAUCUCGCCAGAGCAUGUGCAAAAGUCGAUGGAGCCGAAGCCGAAUGCCAGAGGUAGCUGUACUAACAGCAUCAUCAGCACGGACAGCAUAGUCUCCGAAACCUUGGAUUCCAAGAGCUACACCGUCCGGAAUAGCGAGAGUGAAAUUGGACAUAUAGACAGCGAUAUAUUCGAUUCCACGAAGAGAUCGGAGAGCUCGGAGAUCGCGCACAUCGACUCGCCGGACAACUCCGACAUGCUGUUCAGCGAGAUGCAGCAUUCGGAAAGCGGCUUGGAGGAUUUGAGCUCUCUCAGGCAGGACGUGAUUAGCGCGAUAAUGGGCGAGAAGUACGACUCCGUCAGGGAAGGCUUGCAGAUCGAGGAACCGCAUCGAUCUUGCGUUUUGGCGCAGUUCGACGCGGGAAAUGACAUCGCGAGACAAUCGUUCAAGAGAGUUUCGAAGAAUAUAAAAUCGGAUAAAGAGGCAAUGCUGAGUAAAUACAAAACGGACGGUUUGACAACGUGUGUGCGCAUGUCGGCGACUAAAUCCAUGGAAAUGAAUGUGAUACCUGUGAUGAAGUUCGAAGAUGUCGAGGAGGAAAAAGCGCCCAAUUUGUUGAGUCCGGUGUGCUGCUUCACCGUCUCGUCGGACAACACGCAGGCCAAUGAAAAGUGUCCCGCGAGUUUUCCGCCGCAAAUCAGUGUUAUCAUCGAUCCACCUAGCCCGUCGCUGUCGAUCGAAAGCCAUCAAAAAUUCGAUUUAGAUUACAAACUGGAUCCGCAGGACAAACAAUAUUGCAGCGGCGGCAGUAUGGAAAGAUUAAGCGUGGAGCUGCCUGAAUCAGGCUUCUCGCCGCAAGCUACACGGCGUAUCAGCAGUGGCAGUUUAUUCAAGGCGUCAUCCGAAGUCGUGUCGUUGGCAGCCACUGCCGCUCGUCUCGGCGGUUCAAGUCUGAGUUUGCGCCACGAAAGGGCAAAAUCUGUGGACAAAACGGACGACGUGAAGAAGCUUCCGAUAAUAAACCCUCUGGUCCGGCUGCCUAUGUGGCCGAACGUAAGUGGCGCAGCUGGUCUCAUCAGUCAAGCGUUGCUGGCGAACGCGGACGCUCUCUGUGCAGCAGUAUCGCCAUUGAUGGAUCCGGAUGAGUCACUGAUGGAGGGUUACUUCGAACGGUGCGUCAUGAACAAUUACUUCGGAAUCGGCAUAGACGCGAAAAUCACUCUCGACUUCCACAACAAGAGGGAAGAGCACCCUGAGAAAUGUCGCUCGCGCGCUAGGAAUUACAUGUGGUACGGCGUUCUGGGAUCUAAAGAAUGGUUGCAGAAGACUUACAAAAACCUCGAGCAAAGAAUACAGCUAGAGUGUGACGGCCAAAGGAUACCGCUGCCCUCUCUGCAAGGGAUCGUCGUGUUAAAUAUACCAAGCUUUAUGGGCGGCACGAACUUCUGGGGCGGCACGAAAGAGGGAGAUUUAUUCUUAGCGCCGUCGUUCGACGACCGGAUAUUGGAAGUCGUGGCGGUUUUCGGAUCUGUUCAAAUGGCAGCUUCGCGGCUUAUUAAUCUGCAACACCACCGGAUAGCUCAAUGCCAGACAGUUCAGAUUAACAUCUUGGGCGAAGAAGGUGUUCCUGUACAGGUCGACGGUGAGGCUUGGAUCCAACCGCCGGGCAUCGUGAGAAUUAUACAUAAGAAUCGCAUGCAGAUGCUCUACAGAAAUAGGGCGCUCGAGACUUCACUGAGAGCGUGGGAGGAAAAACAGCGGAACACAUUGAGCGCCGUGACUCAAUCUAGCUCCACAUUGACCAGCACGUGGCAAUCGCAGCCUAGAGCACAGUUGCAAACGUGCAAUAAAUCUUCCCAGUUGAACGACGAGGAGCUUAAUAUUCUGUUCAAUUUCAUUGACGCAGUGACGACUCUGGUCAAGUGGGUAAAGCUGCUGAUUAUAUCGCACCCGAAUCUGAAACCGGACCUCUAUCAAAUUGCCUCGCGAACGGCAAACGCGCUUGAACAGGUGCACCCGGACGGUAAAAUCCUGCAAGGGAUAAGCUUGAGACAGAUGGUGACUGAGUUGGUGUCGAGCGCGCGACAGUUGUACGAAGAAUCUUGCGAAUUGUUGCGCGACAAAGCCCACAACUUGAGAUUGCGAGAGGAUUUGGAAAACAAGCUGUCCUUGUCUUUGGCUAGCAUGGAGCAGGAAUUACGAAAGUGUAUCUUUGACGAAGGAGGCACAGGACUGGUCUACUUGCAAAACGUUUCCGCAGACGAUCAGGGAGAUAAAAAAAAUCGUCAUCGAGGAUUGUUCUGGUUAAAGUUCCGUCGCUUCGCCGGCAACUCGAACGUCGCGGGUCAUCCGGUGCGCGAUCAAGUCACCACUUGGGGCGUACAAGAGGUGUGCGCCUGGCUGGAGAAUCUGCAAUUGGGAGAAUACGCCGACAAAUUCGUGUCUCACGAUAUACGCGGUAGGGAGCUGUUAUCUCUAGCUCGCCGAGAUCUAAAGGAGCUGGGUAUCACCAAAGUGGGGCACGUUAAACGCAUCUUACAAGCUAUCAAUGACUUAAAUAGCUGAGUUGCACAGACUCACGAAACUCCGGGGGCGAAGGAUUGAAUGAGGAAUACUCGCUCCUACAAUUCCAAUCAAUUUCUAAUUCUUUUUCAAAGAUAUAUUGUAUAAGUUAAGUUAUCGAAUGUAAUAUUGUACAUAUUGUACAUUUAUGAAUGUAAUAAUAAUAACUAUGGAAAGAUGAAUGAAAGAACAGUAUUGUAUAUAUAAUUUUUAUACACAUUUUAUUGUACAUAGAAUAAAUAAUUGAACGACUGAGUUAAGAUAUGAGAUGUAAGAAAAAUCAUGUAAUAAAUAUAUUAUUUAAUAAAUA